AGUUGUUUUACAAAAAUUGUGAAGUAAAGUGAGAAGGAGCGAUUGUAUGAGCCAAAAUGCACAUCGAAAUAAUGAAUUAAAUGAAAAUGAAUAGUGUCAAAAAGAAUUUGACCGCGGUUGGUCCUUUUUGUACAAAAUAAAGUGAAAAUAUCAUUUUAUUUUAUUUUUUUUUUCUACUUAAUAUCCAUUUAGUGAAAAAAGAUAUCAGUGUAUUUUGCGUGUUUCAUGUGAUAGAGUUGUUUACAUUUUGUGUUGUUCGCUUUGUUCACCGUACAAUGUAAAAGAAAAAAAACUAGUGACACAACUAAAGACCGAAUCAUCAAAUAGAUAAUGUGUGUGAAAUGUGUGCGUGUGUACAAAAAAUACCAUAACAAAUUGUAAAUAUUAUUAUAAUUCUAUAUGGAUAUUCCAUAAUCGAAAACGAAUCGCUCGAGCUAAAUCCGUAUCCGAGAAUUGAAAUAAAGAAAUAAAUAAAAAAAUGAUCGAUACAAAAGAAGAUACAAUGACCGUGUGGAAAAGUGUUGGCGAAAAGAAAUUAUACGGGAUCGCCAAAAAUAAUUACUUUGAAGACAAACCACAUCGAUUGACUUUAGAUGUUGGAGAUGCUGUGAUAAUCUGUGGCGAAUGUACAAAUUGGUAUUAUGGUUAUAAAAAGACAGAUAAAAGCAAAUGUGGUAUAGUGCCAAAAUCAUAUAUUCAUAUAUUGGAGUGUGUGUUAACACCGAAAAAUGAAUACAUUGUAAAGAGAUCGGCAAUUGUUGAUGAAAUCACAACAGUACUGCACGAAUGGGGCGUUUUAUUCAAAAAAUUCUACUUGACAAACCAUGAGAUUCUAAAGCCUAUUCGAGACAAAUUACUCGAAUUAAUAAGUUUAAGGUCACAAAUAUUAUCGGGCAAUUUACCCGUUGACGAAAUGAAAAAAGUAAAAUUGAUGGCCACAUCCGAAAUUGACACCGGAAAUAAAAUAUUGGGCUUAGACAUGGUUGUACGAGAUGAAAGUGGCAACAUUUUGGAUACAACGACAACAUCAACAACACAAUUAUAUGAACACCAUAUAUUUGCCAUAGAUCGGAUACGAAAAGCAACGAGUAACUUCAAUAAAAAUCGUUUAUCAAAAACGACAAACAAGCAUUCACACAAUUUAUUGGUUACGGUGCAUGCAUUUGUUUGCAAACAUCAGGAAGACUCAGAUCUGCUAUUAACACUGUACGACGGUGAUGAGAUGAAAGCAAUAACCGAAAAUUAUGUAGUCAAAUGGGGACGACAGGGCUUAGCUCGUGAUUUAGAUCAAUUUGAUAAUCAUCGUGUACUAUUUACGGAUUUAAGUAGUCAUGAUUUGAAUCGAAACAAAGUCUAUUUAAUUUGUUAUGCGGUUCGUAUUGGUGCAAUGGAUAUGAAGGAAAACGAUUCGAAGCGCAACAGUAUGGCAAAUGCAGUACUAAGCGUAAGCCAUAAGAAACAUUCACAGCUCAGUAUUUCAUCGAAUUGUUCAAAUGGAAGUGCAAACGAACAAAUUGCAUUGCGACGACCAUUUGGUGUGGCCGCCAUCGAUUUAACGCCAAUCAUUCGAAAACCAGAAGAUUUCAAAAAUAAUUUGGAUCUGCCAUUUAUUUUAUGUGAAAAAGAAAAUUUGGACAAUACACUGAAAAAGCUGCUGAUGAACAAAGAUGUCGGAAAAAUUGAUUCGAAAUUAGCAGUCAGUGUUGAACUGUUGCAUGGUGAUAUAAAGCAGAUCAAAGAGGAGUUUCCACAUUUGGUGCAUGGAAAUGUUGCGUUCGCACGAAAAAUGGGCUUUCCCGAGGUCAUUUUUCCGGGUGAUGUACGUAACGACCUAUAUUUAACACUGGUCAAUGGUGAAUUUUCCAAAAGUUCAAAAAGCAGCGAUAAAAAUAUCGAAGUGACUGCCGUUGUUUGUGAUGAAAAGGGUCAAAUUGUGCCAAAUAUUUUAACAUUAGGAGCCGGCGCUUCAAUGUUAAACGAAUAUAAAUCGGUGAUUUACUAUCAUGACGAUAAACCCAAAUGGAAUGAAACAUUUAAGAUUGAGUUACCUAUUGAAGAAUUUAAAAAUUGCCAUUUACGUUUCACAUUCAAACAUCGCAGUUCAAACGAAGUUAAAGAUAAAGCUGAAAAACCAUUUGGACUAUCAUACGUACGUUUAAUGCAGGACAACGGAACAACAUUGCAACACAAGUGCCAUCAAUUAAUCGUUUAUAAAAUAGAUCACAAAAAAUUCGACAAAGACACAUUAACACACUAUUUGAAAUUGCCAUCGCGUACAUUCGAAUUGUCAACCAAUGAAAAACCAUCGACCGGCGGUCUCACCAUUUCACCAAAAGAUUCAUUCACAAUUCUCACCAAUUUAUGCAGCACAAAAUUAACACAAGAUGUUGAUUUAUUGGGACUAUUGAAUUGGUCAACACACAAAGAGACGCUGGAAGAAUCAUUAAAUUCACUCAUGAAAGUUAGUCCCGAAGAGGUUGUGAAAUUUUUACAAGACAUUUUGGAUGCUCUAUUCAAUAUACUCGUUCAAAAUGAUGAUCCACCGAAAUUUGAUCAUUUGGUGUUCAAGUGUUUAUUGCGUCUCAUUGAGAUUGUGUCCGACCUUAAAUAUCAACAUUUUCAAUCUGUACUGGAUCUAUACAUAAACGAGAGUUUCUCCGCCACAUUAGCCUACGACAAAUUGAUAAAUGUACUACAGACGCACAUUCGAAAUGGAAUCAAUAAUAAAACACCCGAAAAUGAGACACUCUAUAAAACGAUGAAAAAUUUACAAUACAUCAUGAAAUUUGUGAUUCGUUCACGAAUUUUAUUCGCAAAAUUGAACGAUGAUCGAGAUCAAGAAAUGUUUGAAGCAAGUUUAGAAGAUUUACUACAGUCAUUUAUCAAAUUGACGGCAUGUCCAAACGAUUUGCUGCGCUCUCAAGGUGCAAUGUUGAAAUAUUUGCAUAUUAUUUCAUCGGAUUUGACACAAGUCUAUGACCCGGUCAAAUUGAGUAAAUUAAUCGUGGAGAUCUUAACGAAUAUUGCUCCGGGUCGUUUGACCCAAUCAAAGAUGAUUUGCAUCAAGGAAUUAGUUGAUUCGAAACUGUUCAAAAUGCCUGAAUGUCGUAAAAUUUUACUUCCGGUAUUUUGCGGUCAAAUCAAAGAUAAACUUGAAAGCAAAGAAGAGGGUGAUGUUAUGAAUGAUAUAUGGCAACAAGAAAAGAAUCUGACAAAGGCUGCAAAAGUGUUGGGCGAAUUGAAAUCGCAUCUUCAUACACGUGAAUCGCCCGCUAAGACAAAGGUUGCUGAAUGUGUUACAAUAAUGAAUAAUAUGCUGGAGCUACUUUAUCAUGGUACAAAUGAGAAUGUUGGACCCACAAAAAAUGACAUCCGCGAUAUAAUGUUGAUUUUACUGCGAACUGUGAUUCAAACAUCGAUUGCCAUGGACCGUGACAAUCCAUUGGUUGGAAAUCUGGUGGCCAUUAUGCUUGCUAUAUUCCGUAGCAUGGAGAGUAGCCAUUAUGAUGAUUAUGUGAAGCAUUUUCGUACGCGUUACGAUUUACAAGAUUUUCUCACCGAAAUAUUGCUCGUUUUCAAAGAUUUGGUAUCGAAGCCGGUGUUUGCCAACGAUUGGAUGGACAUGACAAUGCAUCAAAAUACCGUCAUUUUGGAAAGUUUAAAGCAAUUUUCCCGGGUUAUUAUGGAUAACUUUUUCGAUCCAUUCGAAUUACCUGUGUGGUCAAAUUUCUUUCAUUGUUCGAUUGCAUUUUUAAUUCAACCACCGUUGCAAUUAGAUCAAUUUGGUGAAAAUAAACGAACAAAAAUUCUAUCACGAUACAAAGAUAUACGACACGAAACGGCAUGCCAAAUACGAAGUAUGUGGAUGAAUUUGGGCGAACAUAAAACCCAUUUUGUACCGCAAUUGGUGGGUUCGAUUUUGGAAAUGAGUCUCAUACCAGAAGUUGAAUUACGUAAAGCAACAAUUCCAAUAUUUUUCGAUAUGAUGCAAUGCGAAUAUUAUACAUCAAAGUAUAUGAUCGAAGGGUAUGGCGAUACCAAACGGAAUAAUUUACAUUACAAAGGGAAUUUCAAUGAAUUUGAAAAGGAAAUGAUCGAAAAACUCGAUCUUAUCGUCGAGGGUGGCCGCGGUGAUCAAGAGUAUAAAGAACUAUUCUACGAGAUUAUGAUGAAAUUGUGCAAAGAGCACAACACAUUGUGCAGUGAAGGCGAGAAAUUCGUUAAGAUCGUAACGAGACUGUUGGAACGGUUAUUGGAGUAUCGUUGCAUUAUCAAUGACGAAAGCAAAGAAAAUCGUAUGGCAUGUACGGUUAGUCUGUUACAAUUCUAUUCGGAAGUGAAUCGCAAAGAAAUGUACAUUCGUUAUGUGAAUAAAUUGUGUGAUUUGCAUAUGGAAUUUGAUAAUUACACUGAGGCGGCGUUCACAUUGAAAUUGCAUUCAAAUUUACUGAAAUGGGAUGAUACACAGUUAUCACCAUUGUUAAAAUCGCGUCGUCAUCAAAACUGUAAAACCCAUCGACAAUUGAAAGAGUGCCUAUACAAUGAGAUUAUUGAAUAUUUCAAUAAAGGCAAACAAUGGGAAUGUGCGAUAAAUAUGUGCAAAGAAUUAGCACAACAGUAUGAAAAUGAAGUGUUUGACUAUGCCAAACUGAGUUCGAUGCAUUUGAAAAUGUCACAAUUUUAUGAGAAAAUUUUACGAGAACUUCGACAUGAAUCGGAAUACUUCCGUGUUGCAUUCUAUGGACAAACAUUUCCGGAAUUUUUGCGAAAUCGUGUAUUCAUUUAUCGUGGCAAGGAAUAUGAACGUCUAAGUGAUUUUUGUUCACGCAUUUUAUCGCAGCAUAUUGGAGCUGAUUUAAUGCAAACAUUGACCACUCCGGGUGACGAAAUAAAACAAGGCGAUGGUAUGUUCAUUCAAAUAAACAGCGUUGAACCGAUUAUGGAUGUGAAUGCAGAGGCUUUUGCUGAAAAGAAUAUCGCACAAGAAAUUGUCAAAUAUCAUCUCAAUAAUAAUGUACAAAAAUUCAAAUUUUCACGACCGUAUCGUGAUCAUAAAAUCGACAGCGAUGAAAAUAGUGUGACCAAUUUAUGGUUGGAACGUACCGUGAUGAAAACAAAAUUCCCAUUGCCAGGCAUCUUGCGGUGGUUUGAAGUGAUUCAGUCGGAAACGUUUAAGAUAUCGCCAAUUGCAUAUGCCAUUGAAACCAUGGAAUCAACGAAUAAAGUCAUUCGCGAUUUAGUGAUUGCUCAUAAAAAUGAUGAAACGCUACCGAUCAAUCCGCUCAGCAUGAAAAUCAAUGGGGUCGUUGAUCCGGCUGUGAUGGGCGGUUUCAGUAAAUACGAAGAAGCAUUCUUAACCGAAGAAUAUAUUCAAAAGAAUCCACAAGAUGAGAGUCGCAUCGAAAAGCUAAAAGAUUUGAUUGCAUCGCAGAUUCCAUUACUUGAAUUGGCAUUGCUUGUGCAUCGUGCCAAGGCACCGUCAACGCUAAUGCCAUUCCAUGAAAAAUUGGAAAAAUGCUUUGCCGAAAUGCAAGCCAACGUCGAAUCAAAAUACGGAAAACGUACGAGCGAUUUGAAUCGUGAUUCGUUUGUGAUGAUGCGACGACAAAGUAUAAUGCCUCAAAUUAGUUAUGAAAAUCGUUUAAGCGAAACAAGCAUCGGUUCAAAUGAUAGUGGUUUGUCAAAAUCAACUCAAGGGAGUCGUCCACAAACCAACUCUAUAAUAUCGACCUUCGGCUUUAAUUUUAAUACUACCAAUAGGAAUCCGGCUGGUUCGCCAAGCAAUAAAGGCAAAUCAAAGGAUAAAAAUAGCAGCAAACGAAGGUCCAGCAAAAGAUGUGAUCGAGAUUCUCUUAGUUUAAAUUUAUCAACGAGUCAAUUUUAUACAUCGGCAUUGACGCCAAUUUCAUCGACACCGCCAAUGGAAAUCGAACCAACGUCCAUUGCAUCAUCGACACCAACAGUCGCUCCAACAACACCAGUCGUCGAAUUGACAGAAGAAUUAACUCCAAAGCGGCCACUACGAUCGGAAGUUGAGCGUGAAAAGCGUUUAUCAAGACCAACAAGUAUUGUAAGUCCCAGCAUAAAAGGAUCACAGACUGGUGUCGACUCACAAUCGUUGUCGGGAGACAGUAGCAAUCGGAAUUCAAUUGUCACAACAGAUUCAACGACAUCCGAAGAUGAUUCAAUACCAGCACCACCGUUGCCACCAAAAACGCGUGACAGCAACGAUUAUAGUAAUUUACCGAUCACCUGUGUGAACAUUCAUGACAGUUGUGGCAGCGAAAAUUAUUCAAUUGUAGUCGGACGUUGGGGACAUCAUAAUAGACCGUUGCCAGCCGAACCAUUGUGCAUAAGUAAUUCAUCGUAUGAUUAUGUGGACGCACAAACACUGAUCGAAAAUAAUAAGCGUCCACGGCCACCAACACCACCGCCAAAACCUUCUCGCAAUAGUAAAUUUGUACCUGCAUAAAAGCGCACAUUUCGAUACACGUACAUUAGCAUGUUUAGGCCAUAUUUACACAACUAAAACGAACGAAGCUCUGCCGGCGGAUUCAGCGGAUGUUAUUUCAUCGUUUUCUUUAUUAUUAUUAUUAUAAACCAAUAAUAAUGUAUCACUAGUGCACAAUUGUUUCAUCCAAAUCGAACACAAAAGUAUUUCCAUUUAUUAAGUGUAACAAAGACUAUUUUCGUUCAUUGUUGAAUAGAUUUUAUUAACUCAAAAAGACAUUAGCAAUAUAUGACUCUUUCCGAUUUUGGAAAAGACUUUUUUUUUGUUGUAUAUUCUUUUGUUUUGUGAAUCGAUAUCCAAGUUCAUUUGCUUCCAAUGAACAUUUUGACAAGCGCACAAAACAAAAUGAAAAUUACAAAAUUUAAUCAAAUGUUUCAAUUUGAGUAGGAAAAUUAAAUAAUUAAAUAAAACAAAUAUACUUACCCUAUAGAGAUUUUAUAGAUAUUAUUUGGGAGUGUUCAUGUUCUUAGACAAAAUAUAUUCUCUGUUAUAGAUUUAGUAAGAAGUCUAUCGAAGAAAGAGAUAUUGCAAAAUUACCACAAAAGACCAAUGUACAAUCUAACAUUAAAAUAGUUUUGUAACAAAACUUUUGUUAUUCAGAGAGAGUGCAAGAGAAAGAGAGAGAGAGAGAGGAUCCAUUUUUUUUUAAAGAUAAACAUUGUAUUUAGGGAAUCAUUUAAUAUCGAAUAACUUUUGUUUGAUAUACAUCCACAUAUUGUUUACGAAAGCACACAAUUUUUUUUUUAAAGUGUUAAUGCAAAUUUUAAGUGCCUAUAAAUUAGCUAAAUGUGUAUGAAUUAAGUUGAUUUUUUUCUGACUGGCCAAAGAUUGUUAGUAUAAAUUCCAUUGAAUAAAUUCAAAUACAUUUAAUUGAAAA